CGGAAGAAAAUCACGUGAUUCUUGCGGACGCGUUGGCUUGACAACUGUAAUCUUUACCUGGUGCUGAAGCGAGCACUCAGAGGACACCAUGCCAGAGGUCAAAUCAAUAUUCAGAGAAGUUCUUCCUAAACAAGGACAGCUCUCCAUGGAAGAUGUCCCUACUAUGGUUUUGUGUAAGCCAAAGCUGCUCCCACUCAAAUCAGUCACCCUUGAGAAACUGGAGAAAAUGCAAAUGGAGGCUCAAGAGGCAGUUAAACAACAGGAACUGGCAAUGAAGGAGCAACUACAGUAGAUACCCAGUGGAGGAUUGGAAAAAACAGAAAUGCCUAAACUGGAAAAAAUCCUUCAGAUGGAUCAAGCAAACGCACUGAUUCCAAGCACUGGAAUGUAUUUGUAUGGACUUGGAGGCAAUCUGGCUUUACAGAGUUUUAAAAACAGUGUGUUUAAUCCCUCCUUCUCCCUUUUGAAAGUCUUGCUGUUCUGUAGUUAUUAUUGAAUGAUCUACGACAUGUAAUUAGCAAAGAUUACAUCUGUUACUUGCCAGUAGGGGUAGUGAGCUACUUAUGUACUAUAAAGUGUUAUAUUAUUAUGAUUAUAUCUUUCAGAUAACUGCUUAUUUAAGUUGCAGUAUGCAGUUAGUACUGUGUGUUAAACAGACAAAAACAGAUGAAAUGAUUUCAUAGUGAUUUAAUCAACAAUCAAGGAGCAUCAGGGUGUGUCUCUCACACUCCUUAUUCCCCAAAUAUAAAAAUAAACACUUUUAACACA